CUGAUGUCAUGGUAGUAAAACUUGAGACCGAGGAUGUGGAGGAAUUUGAUCCAUCACCCGCCAUUGACCUGUGGGCGAGUUCAUCUACCAGGCCAAGAAGGCCUACAUUUACCAGACGAAAGGGCAUAAAAUUAGCACAGGCAGAAGGGGGAGACAAGCCAGUAGGUGUUGAAAUUAUUGAUGAGGUUGAGGAAGAAGAGGAGGAGGAAGAAAAGGAGGUGGGGGAAAAAGAGGCGAAACAGACAGAGGGAGAAGACAAGCAGGAAGUGGGAGUUGAUCUAGAUGCAGCUAGACCAUCAGGCACCCCUAUGGCUGAAGAUUCUGACAACGAUUCAGCAUACGACUCUGAUGAGGACUUUGAAAUGAAUGAAAAGAACAUUUUGAGAUUUGCUUGUGGCAAUACUUUGUCAAACUGUAAUACUGAAUAAAAUAGAAUAAUUUCCAAGUCUUUUUUCAAUUACUAUUUUUAAUUUUGUGUAAGAUUAAAAUUUAUCACAAUUUAUGGUAGGGCUACAGAACUUUAGCUUGGGCUAUGAAUCAUUGAAAGUCUGUAGCCCCAUUGGCUAUCAUUGUCAAAAUGUUAAUUUCGCACACUGUUGAUAUAUUAUUAGUAAUGUAUUAGCAGGACAUGAAUAACUAAAGAAUUAAGAUUUGUUAAAUGUAUUGUUAUUAACCUUUGAAUUUUAUGUUAAAAAGUUAUUUAAAGUAGCAACUUCGGAGUGAUCAUUUUUUUCCUGUAUUAUUUUCCUCUUCAUAUGAUGAACUGUUUCCUGUUCAAGUAGGGGUAGUUCUAUGUACAGAAUGAGUGAGAAAGAAUUACUGUAAGGUUUUGUUAAAUGAAAUAAAGCAUGUUUUUAACAAUUAUUGAAAGAGAUAAUCAACUAUUGGAGUAAAUAUAAGUAAUGAAUUGCAUGAUAGAUGUCAGUAUUAGAGAUCAUAAAGAGUAGUCCUUCGGUAUCCACACACUGUAACCAGCCCAACUGCAUGCAUACCCCAUUAAUGACAUCAUUCACGCAAUAUAUUCCAUAACUUAAGGUAUAAACCCAAAAGAUAUAUUAAUAUUAUACAUGUAUGUCACAUUGGGAUAACUUCAAAUAUUUACAAAUAUGUUUUUGAAAUAAGAAUCACAUGAAAUCACUAUUUUU